AUGGAGGAGGAAUGGUCUGAUAACUAUCAUUUUCAGCGGGUUUAUCGAAAGAAAUUUGUUGAUGAAUUUCCAAAGAAACUUCAAUUUGUAUCAGAUCCAAAAUUUACAAAAUUGUUAGGUAAACGUUAUAUUGGGAUUGCUUUUAGUACAAAAUUCUCUGAAGAAUUAAGACAUUUGUCGAUAAAUAGGGGUUUGAUAACUGUAUUUCUAGGUGGUGACCGUUAUCAGGUAGAAAUUCCUGAAAAAGUAUCCACCUACUGGAAAUUAUAA